AUGCAGACCGGCUCUGACGUGUUCAUGAACAUCAUCCUCGCAACCCUGAAGUCUAGCAAUGAGCUCGUAGACGGUGAGACUUUCGAAAUAGUGAGUGGAAGCCCAGCACUGCUGAAAGUGUUCAUUGACUCUGGUCGCGUGGACAUUAGUGAUCCUCAGGUGCAGUCGAUCGUGCAGGCGAAGCUUGACGAGGUACUCGACGGCGACCCCUACAAGGGCGACUUCGUGUCUGGCGAUCUGCUCGACUAUGUUCGGUUUCUGUGCAAUAUUCGCACAAGUCGUAUCACUUUUCAGCAGAUGGUGCUUCUGCGCUACUCCGGGUUUGACUAUGUGGCGAUUCUGAUAGAGUGCCCGUAUCUACUGGAGAAUUUGAAAAAGCCCAGCUUCUGCAUAUACCUUAUCUUUGAUGUGCUGCACUACAUCAGCGUCGCAAUUAGCUGGUUGGGCGUACUGGUGACGUUGACCUUCACGGCGAUGCUGGUGUGGACGGUUGUGUUCUGGUUCCGGAACCCCAAUACCCGAAACAACAGCUACUGGGUCAUUAUCACAUACGUUGGCAGCUACGUGGUAAGUCUCGUCGUCACCAUGCGGGCGGAGGAAGGCAAGAUCAAGCACUAUGACAACCAAAUUUGGAAUUACCCGGACAACAUCUUUCGAAUUGUACCCAUCAUCCCUGUGUACGAAAUCAUGCUGAGCUACGUGUUGCUGCGGUACGAAAUUUCGACUGACGCGAAGCGCUUCUUCAUUAUUCGGUACGACCUGCGCAACGGCACGUAUGUUCAGCACAUCGCCAACAGCUGCUUUUACGCCUUGCCGCAAAUGGUUUUGCAGACGUUCCUCUUCAUUGGGGUGCAACAUACACCCCAUGUCUAUAGCCGCAUCGUCUUCUGGCUUCUCUUGGCCUGCGCGUUGGCAUUGAUCGUCAUGUCCAUCUUCGCCUACUACCAGAUAGCCGUCUUCACACACUCGUGCAACAACUGUGGGUUUGCAGUUCUGUCUAGCCGAAGCACCAGCAGCAAAAGCUACACGGGCUUCCUCGUCCGCCGCGUCCAUCCAUCUGACAUCGCCACGAAGGUGCUUGUCUUCUUCACCAUGUACUUCUUCAUUGCCCAGGCGGUGACCCUCAUCGUGCUUCUACUCAACCUACGCUCCUGCAACAACGGCACGAUUGUCUUCCUUUCCAUCUACACGGCUAUCCUCGGCAUCUCUAUCAUCGUUCUUGUGUUGGUGUACCUCAACCUGCCCUUGUCGCGAGUCAUGGGCACCAUGAGUAUCCCCGUGGCGCUGAUGGAGAUUGCCUUUCUCGUGUACAUCGAUGCAGGAACGACAGGCCCGGGGUGCAUCAUAUCCGGACUCGGCACCAGCAAGUGGAUAGUGCCUAGCAUCGCAACCUUUGCGUUGAUGUGCUUGUCCAUCGUAACCUGGUUGUCGAUGCUGCUGUUCGAGGUCUUCCGCGGCACGCGUAUCACGCAGAGGGCUGUAGAUCACUACAUCCUAGUGUAG